CCAUUUGUCAUUCUCUUGUUUUAGUGGUAUUUAACUAAAGCCCCCUGGAACAGUCUCUUCACUUCCAUCCCUCUCUUCUCUUUUCUUUUAUCUCUUUUUGCCUUCCCUUUUCCUUUCCCUUCUCCCCACCAGAGGAAAUAAUGGACUCAGCACAUGAAACUUUGACACUCUCAUUCAUCUUGCUUCUGAUGCUGCUUGGUUUUGCAAGCUCUGAUGUCAACCAAGACAAAACAGAAUGUGCUAAUCAGCUAGUCGGGCUUGCUUCAUGUCUCCCAUAUGUUGGCGGGCAGUCGAAAACCCCCACCAUAGAUUGUUGCAGUGGGCUCAAACAGGUGCUGGAUAAGAGCAGGAAGUGCCUCUGUGUCUUGAUUAAAGAUAGAGAUGACCCCAGCCUGGGCCUCAAGAUCAACGCUACUCUUGCAGCAACCCUUCCUAGCACAUGUCAUGCACCUGUUAACAUGACAGAGUGCAUCUCCCUUCUGCACUUGGCACCUAACUCCCAAGAGGCAAAGGCAUUUGAAGGAUAUGAAAAGCUGACAGAGGGGCAUGCCAAUACCCCAGCUGCCAACGGGAACUCCACCAGCAGUGCAUCAACUGCUGCAGAGAAAAGUGAUGGAGGAAAGGGAAAGAGAUGGGUGGGAGUAGAGAUGGCCUUUGGUGUUUCCUUAUGGAUUUUCACUCUACAUCAAAGCUUUGGUGUGUGAUGGAAUUUACAGCUACUGUUAUUACUGUAUCCAUAUAAACACUGGACCAUCAACAUGAGUGAUGUGUUGUAUAAUCUCUUUCUUUCUCUGUCUUUGUGUUGUAUUUUUGCAAUUACUUUUUUUCCAACUGUAAUGGAAAUCAAGGGGACCCACGUGGAUAAAUUGGUUUGGUUGGGAACAGAUCUCAAUCAAAUUCAGCUACUUAAAUUCCAAUUAAUAUGACAGUGUGAUGGGUCCAUCGGACGUUUAACUUGA